CCACAACCUCUCCAACCACAAUUCAUCGCCAUCAAGCUUCAUCCAAAGCAUUCGAAGCCCCAGCAUCACCUCUGCCUACACAUCCUCCGCCAGCGCCACUCCUCGACAGCUCCUUGUCCAUCUCCGAAGCACGCCGCAGCCAUGUCUGGAAGCGCGGGUUUCGAUCGUCACAUCACCAUCUUCUCAGACCAGGGCCGCCUGUACCAAGUCGAGUAUGCAUUCAAGGCAAUCACAGCAGCGAACAUCACAUCGGUCGGUGUAAGAGGCAAAGACUGUGCCGUGGUCAUCUCGCAAAAGAAGGUUCCGGACAAGCUCAUCGACCCAGCAUCCGUAUCAUACGUGUACAGACUCUCGCCUUCGGUCGGCUGUGUCAUGACUGGAUCGAUCGCAGAUGCGCGAGCUUCCGUCAGCCGCGCACGAGGAGAAGCAGCAGAGUUCCGAUACAAGUUCGGAUACGAGAUGCCUUGUGAUGUGUUGGCAAAGCGAUUGGCGAACAUCAACCAGGUCUACACACAGAGAGCUUACAUGCGACCGCUUGGUGUUGCGACAACCCUCAUCUCCGUCGAUUCAGAGUUCGGACCACAGCUCUACAAGUGCGACCCUGCAGGCUACUACGUUGGCUACAAGGCGACCGCAUCUGGACCGAAAGCGCAAGAAGCGCUGAACUACCUCGAGAAGAAGCUGAAGAACAAGGACAACGCAGAGGGCAAUUGGGAAGAGGUCGUUGAGUUGGGAAUCGCUACACUGAGCACUGUUCUCAGCGUGGACUUCAAGAAGGGCGAGCUGGAGAUUGGCAUUGUUGGUGGUCCAAGAACCGAUGGCAAGGAGGGAACUGAUACCGCUUUCCGUUCGUUGUCAGAGGAGGAGAUCGAUGAGCGUCUGCAGGCUAUUGCUGAGAAGGACUGAGCGGGUUGGCAGAGCGGCAAGCGGCACCACCGGUCAGUGUGCUGCAACUGUGUCAAGUCAUCACGCAAGAUGAACUCUGAUCUGCAACCCAUAUUUGAGAUCAAGUCCUCCAUUGCACAUCACAUGCAAUGCACUACCACACCACAAAGAACGAUUUCAGAA